UGCCUUCAGCUGCACAGCUCAGUGUCCCACCUUGCUCCAGAGACACAUGAGACAAACACACAGAGACACACACAUAUUUGCAUAGAUUAGACACAGCUAAGGCCGGCCAGACUGGCAGACAGGGACAGACUGACAAAGACACACAUUCUAUAAAUACAGAGAGACAGACAAGACCACAGACAGACAGACAGAGGGUGUCAUGGCGUCAGUGGACAGCACCGGUUUGAGGGUCUCUAGUCGGCUGAGAUCAGGGGAUCUACUUCAUGCUGGUUUGGCAGUUGCACUGCUGCUUGGUGUAUGGAGUGUUGGUGGACUGGAGGUCUCAACAGGUAAAGUGUCUUCAAUUGAAGCAAUGAAUGGCUCCACAGUUCUGCUGCCCUGCACCUACUCCUCCUGUAUUGGCAUCAAAAACCUCUACUUCAGCUGGCAUUAUAAUGACAACGGAACCAUGUUCAGGUUAUGUGAUGCGGAGAUCCCUAUGGAGGGUGUGGAGCCCAGGGUCAAUGUGUACCAUGAACGUGUGGAGUUUGUCGGCUCCUCAAAGAGAAACAACAUCUCCAUUCUGCUGUGGAAUAUCACCUUUGAAGAUCAAGGAGAGUACAUCUGUUUCGCCAGAAACCCAAAAGAGAAGAACCGCAACCACAGUGCCAUCUUCACUCUUAUAGUGGUGGACCAAAUGAAGGAGGUUGACAAUACUUUGACAGUCAUCAUUGUCUCAGUGCUGGGUGGAGUCAUUGGCUUAGUUAUCAUUGUCAUGGUGAUAAAGGCCUUGGUUGUUCACUUCCUGCUGAAGGAUGAUGAGAAGAAUAAAGAGUGCCUGGUGAGCUCCUCAGGGAAUGACAACACAGAAAAUGGACUUUCAGGAGCCAAAGCUGACAACAAAGGGACACCAAAGGCAUGAGCAAAAUGCAAAGUAUGUCUGUAUGUUUAUAUAUGUUAGAGAAAUGUACACGCUCAGAGAAAAAGCUGUUAUCAGUGGACUGUUUUAUCUUACUAGUUGCUAACUAAUACAACAUGUAAAUGUCUCUUUUAAACCAUGCUUGAGAUUUGGGAAGUGUGAAAUGUGCAGAGCCCUGGAUCCCUCCCUCACUUACAUGGCAGCCCAUUUGUAACACAGUGUACAGCCUCUGUUAACAAAUUCUGCUCUAUAUAUUACUGAAUCUCACACUUACUCUAAAGCUCAGCCCCAAGUAUACUGUCUUUGCCAUACCCUCUUCUUUUUAAUUCAAGACAUGUCCCCAAAGAAAUUAUUAUUAUUAGUUAUUUAUUUUAAUUAUGUGUGGUACAAAUAAUUACAACUACUACAUCACUUUAGAGGAAGAACUUUGCACAAAGAAUAUACUACAUUGUCUUAAGUUCUUUUUUUUUCUAGACCAACUUUCAGGAUUCAACCGCCACUCCAAAAUACAGUUACUAGUCUCAGUUGACGUGCUACAGUAUGUUUGAUUCUCCAUUUGGAAUUCAUGGGGCUUGUCUAAUCACAACUGCAAGUCAAACGUGGACCCGAGCAAACCUGACCAGUGGGAACGCACACACUUUGAUAUCAUGAUGAAUUCCCAUUAUCUAUAAACUGCCAUGAUGUCAACUGGAGAACAGCACAAAACUGUUAAGAUGCUCUUUUCUAACCCUCAUACGACUCUGAUGCAUAUCCACCUGUAAACCCAAAUCAGAGGACCAUUU